AUAUAAAAUGAUACCUCAGGCCGUUAUUUAGGCUCAAAAGAGCAAAUUAAACAAAACCCACAUCAGAAGGAACACAAGAGAGAGCAAAUGGGAAGAUCUCCAUGUUGUGAGAAGGCUCAUACAAAUAAGGGGGCUUGGACUAAAGAAGAAGAUGAUAGGCUAAUUGCUUACAUAAGGGCUCAUGGUGAAGGUUGCUGGCGGUCACUACCUAAAGCCGCCGGACUCCUCCGGUGUGGUAAGAGUUGCCGUCUCCGGUGGAUCAAUUAUCUCCGGCCUGACCUCAAAAGGGGUAAUUUUACUGAUGAAGAAGAUGAACUCAUCAUCAAAUUGCAUAGCCUCCUUGGCAACAAAUGGUCCCUUAUAGCGGCAAGACUACCCGGAAGAACAGAUAAUGAAAUAAAGAAUUAUUGGAACACCCAUAUCAAAAGGAAACUUUUGAACCGAGGAAUUGAUCCAGUGACCCACUGUCCCGUUUAUGAACAAGGAGGGGUGCCCGAGAUGGAGGAGGCGACGUCCUGCACCAUCUCAUUUUCAAUGGCACGGCCAGAUUUUGAGAGAAAAGAAGAGAAAUGCCCGGAUUUGAAUCUUGAGCUUACAAUUAGCCUACCAUCUAUAGAGAAGCAACACCAAGAAGAAGAUGAUGAUGAUGAUGAUGAUCAGUCAAUGAAGAUAUGGGAGAGGGAUGUCACCAAAACUAGAAAUGGUAAAACCCUAAUUCAGUGUUUUUCAUGCAGUUUGGGAAUAGAGAAUAGUAAGGAUUGUAUAUGUUUAUGAGUUAAUCAAUUAGUAUAACUCUUUUUAGGUCAAAUUAAAAGGAAGAAACAUUAGAACUAAUUAAUUUUG